GGUGCAGAUCCUGAAAGCAGACCAGCGUGCAUGGCUGCGCCUGAGUGAAUUGGUGAAGAGCGGAUUGAAGCGCGGGACCGAUGGCCAGUUACCUUUGGACUCAGCUUUCCCUAGGUUGGAGACUGACCCGCAAGUGUGUUUUCAGCUGCUACCCCUGCCUUCUGGGGCAGUUCCCAAAAGAGACCGGCCGGCCGAAUCACCCAGUGAGUCCAGGCCUAGCAAGAAGUCAGGCGGGGUGAUCAAGGGAAAGGGCAAGACCAAAGGGAAGCACAAGCAGCCCAAAAACAUGCCUGAGGCCUUGCGAGGCAAACGGCAUGUGACAGGAAAGGGCAAGCGCAUUUGCUGGGACUACAACCUUCCCCAUGGCUGUAGCCACACUGAUGUCAAAGAUGGAGGUGAGUGCCCGAAGGGUGUUCACAUCUGCAUGGAAUGGAACUGCGGAAGGAACCAUCCCUUGCACAAGCAUGAGUGACAGGCAGAGUACCGGCAUGAGUCUUUCUUUGAACGCGUGCAAGCGCGCCUUAAGGGCAAGCAUGUGGAGGACCUUGUUUGUGUUGAAAUUUUUUGCGGCACGGGAAGAUUGACCUGUGAAAUCCGCAAGUUAGGCCUCGCCAGCAGCGUGGGGGUCGACGCUAGCAUACACAGCAAGGUCGUGGCAGCGACGCUCAAAAUUGACUUACUUAAGCCCGGUGCUGAUGAACUGUUUGACCAGUUCUUUGUGAAUCCAAAUGUGGUUUACAUACAUUUUGCGCCUCCAUGUGGGACUGCCUCAAGGGCACGUUGCAUUCAACGCAAGGGCCGAUACAACCCUCCUGUUACCAGGAGUGAAGCGUUCCCCGAUGGGGUCCAAACCUUGGAAGGGACCCUUUUGGCCCGCGUUAAAGCCGCCAAUUUGUUGUAUAGCAAAACCAGUGCUUGGGUCGCCAAGGCGUAUUCCUUAGGAAUCAUGACCAGUGUCGAAAAUCCCGGCAGAUCAUUCAUGUGGUUGACCAGCCACUAUCGUAAGUGCAUUGACAAGUUGCCCCUGUGGCGCACUUUUUUCCACCAUUGUUGCUACGGCGGUCAGAGGGCCAAACUGACCCAGUUGCAUCACAGUGUGCCUGAGUUGUGCAAUUUAAGCCUCACUUGUCCAGGAGAAAGCCAGACGCAUGUUCAUUUGCCGUGGGGACGCAGCGGCAACAAAUGGGCCACAUCCGAGGAAACCGCGUACCCCAUCCCUCUGUGCCAAGUGUGGGCGAGCUUGAUUUGCAGACAACUUGUAGAAUUUGGGGCAGUCAAGCCGGUCUCAUGCGUUGCAGAAAUGUCCGAAAGCAACCCGCAUAUCAGUGCCAGAGUAGCGCUCGGGCUGCAACCUCGCGGCCGGAAGGUCCCUCCACUUGUGCCUGAGUUUCGUUGUGUAGUACAGUUACAGGGACCCGGCCACCAGAUCCCUUCAGGUAAACUUGAGCAGGACUUCCUUUUGCCGCCGUCCGUCAAGUCCGUGCCCCCACUCGCCACUUUACCUGUGGGCUCCCGUAGGCUUCGUGCUUGUGAAAGUGGGGGAAUUAGGCAGGACGAAGCUUCCAGCAGCGACAGAUCACCGACCGUGCAAACUGGUUGCGCUAAUGACCCAAAUAAUGUGGCUUUAGUCAAUUUCGGAAUUCCAUGGACACCAGAUGAGUUUGUUCAGGUGGCUUCGUCGGCUAAGCACCCUAAAGACCUGAUAAACGGUGUGCCCAGUGUCUUGCGUGAAGCCGUGACCACAAUCGCCACUAAGGGAGUUGCUUGGGUCAGUGCGCACCGUGUCGAACAAAUGAGGCGGUGGGUCGACAGAGCUCGUGACCUCGAAGAAGCAGAAACUCUUGCACGGGAAAAGCUGCCGGAACAUUGUCAGAAUGUACUUCGCCACAAAAGAUUGUGUCUUUUCGAGGAGAUGCUUGUGGCAAGUGAAUACUCAGAUGCCAAAAUUGCAAAUGAGAUGAGUCAGGGUUUCUCAAUUGGUGGUCACAUUCCUGCAUCUCCAGCAUUCAGAAAGAAACUGACUGGGGCCACCCUUGCAGUAAGUGACUUGCGGAAGAUGGCGCCUAUCCUGAGAAGUGCUCAAUCCUCGGGUGAUCCUGAGUUGGACAAAGCAGUGUACGACAGCACGGAGGAGGAACUGCGCAAGGGAUGGCUUUGGGGCCCAGUUGCCGAAUCUUCUUUGAGCAACACCUCGAGCGUCACCAGACGGUUCGGGGUGUGGCAGGGAGAAAAAUGCAGACCCAUCGACAACUUCAAGGAGUCAUGUUUGAAUGCCACAGCUUCGAGCGAGGACACGAUCACUAUACACACAGCAGAUUGUGUCGCGGCUGCCAUUUCUUACAGACUUCAUGAGUUGGGCGAGGACAACCCGCGAAGAGUUUUGGCCGCCAAGGCCUGGGAUCUCAGGAAGGCAUACAAACAGCUGCCGGUGAGCGAGGACUCCCUGCGUGACAGCUAUUUGUGUGUUUACGACCCUGAUGCAAAGCAGACAAAAAUCUUUGGACAAUUUGUGAUGCCGUUUGGCGCCAGAGCGUCUGUGCACGCCUUUUGCAGAGUUGCAUCGGGCAUUUGGCACAUAGCAGUGGCGACCUUCCUUGUACACUGGUCAGUGUAUUUUGACGACUACAUUUGUGUCGAAGAGUCUUUGCUUUGCAGUCAAACCGAACGCAUGGUUGAACUUUACUUCCAGCUCUUGGGAUGGGAAGUUUCCGCUGAAAAGGAGUCAUCCUUUGAUUCCGCUGCUGUCGCAUUGGGCCUCAAAUUCAAUCUUGCAGAAACAAAGCUUGGAAUCUUGCUGGUCGAAAAUACUGAAAAGCGAAAGCGAGAAUUGUGCGGAGCCAUUGACACUGUCUUGGUGACGGGGGUUCUGUCAGCGGGAGAUGGUGCGAGUCUUCGCGGAAGGCUAAUCUUCGCGGAAAAUCAGAUCUUCGGGCAUUCAGGACGGCUGCAUCUGCGAGUCCUCUCGGAGCACAUAAUGAGUGGGAAGAAGACAGUCGAUGCGAGUCUUGGGCAAGCGCUGAAAGGAUUGAAGAUGGGCCUUUGCGGAAAUAAGCCCAAGCGAAUCACGACACGUGUUCAUCAAACUUGGCACAUUUAUGUGGAUGCAAGCUUCGAAGGUGGAAGUGACAUGCCUGGUGGAAUCGGAGGUGUUUUGAUCCUGCCAGACUUCGGACCAGUGUCAGUUUUCAGCGAGCAGAUGGAACUAAAGCAAGCGAUGGCACUUGCGCGUGAGGGAAGCAAGAACCCAAUCUACGAGCUUGAGUGUUUUGCCAUGUUUUGCGGUUUGAAACUUUGGAUUCCAACUCUUGAGUCCUGCCAUGUCAUCGUGUUCACUGACAACAAUGGGUCCCUUGCUUCGAUGAUAUCUGGGAAAUCAGUUAACCCAUUGGGGCAGAGACUGGUCGACAACACGUUGGCAAUCUUGGACGCAGGGAACGUGGUGUGCUGGUUCGAAAGGGUGAACACCGCUUCGAACAUAGCUGACAAGCCUUCCCGGGGCGACGACGACCUCAAGGGCCUUGGUGAGAGAAUGCACCUGGACAUCAGUAAUCUCAUUUCGGAAGCCACUAUGCCAAUUUUGCAGGGGGGAGAAGAAGGGGCAAGUGGCAUGAGCCACGUGGCAUGAGCCACACGGACCAAGCAUGAGCUUGGGUUCUGUCUUUCCUCUUUUUGGUGUGGAAUGACAAAAGCCCUUUCAACUAACGUGCGGGGACGCACCGUGAUUCCCCACUGCAUCAGCGUUAG